CUUUUGCAGACAGUAACUUCGUGCUGGGCAAUGCACAAGUACCCUCCCUGUACCCGAUUGUGUACUGCUCAGAUGGGUUCUGUGAGCUGACAGGAUUCAGCAGGGCGCAGAUCAUGCAGAAGGGAUGCGCCUGCAAAUUCCUCUACGGCCCUGAGACCAAGGAGGAGCACAAGACGCAGAUCGACAAGGCCUUGGAGUCCAAGAAUGAGCUCAAGCUGGAAGUUAUUUUUUAUAAGAAAAAUGCGACACCAUUUUGGUGUCUACUGGAUAUCGUGCCGAUCAAAAAUGAGAAACGAGAGGUUGUUUUGUUUCUCGCCUCGCACAAAGACAUCACGAACACAAAAAUGGCAGAGAUGUCCGAGAGUGAAUUGUACGAUAGUGCUGCGGUGUUGGGCGCCCGUUUCCGGUGCGGUGCUGACUCUUGCCUCCUUGCAGACGCCAACGGGAACCUGGAGGGGGCGGAGGAUGGAGGGGAGGGGGAUGAAGACCACCCUCCCGCCAACUACGGCAGGAGGAGGUCGAGGGCGGUGCUCUACCAACUGUCAGGGCACUACAAGCCGGACAAGAUGAAGACUAAGCUGAAGCUGAACAAUGAGGAAAAUCAAGAAAAGAUUCCGAGAGUACUGGGUGCAUCCCAUUCUCAGUGAUAGAUUAGUUGCUGGAAAAUUUUACACAAUGCAUUCCCAAUUACUGGAUUAUCCGAGAAAAUUUUUUGCCUUUUAUCGAAUGAGCAUAACCAGCUUCAAUGAACUUGUCAAGCUAAUUGGACCAGCAAUAGCGAAGGAGGAUACAAAUUUAAGGCUUUCUAUACCUGUGGAGGAGCGAUUGAGCGUUACGAUAAGAUAUCUGGCUACUGGAGCUAGUUUCAAUACAUUAUCUUUUGAUUAUCUGAUGGGAGCUUCUACAAUACGAGACAUUACUAAAACUACAUGUGAGCAAAUAUGGAAUGUGCUUCAACCAUUGUAUAUGCCAAUCAAACAAGAAGGCGACUGGAUUAAAAUCGCAGACGAAUUCUAUAGUCGCACAAAUUUUCCAAACAUCAUUGGAGCGAUAGAUGGCAAACAUAUACGGAUGAUACAGCCAGAACAUUCCGGUUCGUCAUAUUUUAACUACAAAAAGUUCUUUUCUUGCGUGUUAAUGGCUUGGACAGACGCAGAUUAUAAAUUUGUAUACAUUGACGUUGGUUCUUAUGGAACAGCUAGCGAUUCGGAAAUAUUAAAAAGAUCAGAAAUGGGUAAACGGCUUUCUGAAAAUCGAUUAUAUAUUCCCUCCGGAAGGCAUUUGCCUAAUGAUGAUGUCGGGGAUGUUAUUCCAUUCUCUGUCGUAGGGGAUGAGGCGUUUGGACUUGGGAAUCACAUAUUACGGCCAUAUGCAAAAAGAAAUUUAAACUACACCAAACGAAUUUUCAACUAUAGACAUACAAGAGCUCGACGAAUGGUUGAGUGUACAUUUGGGAUUCUCGCUAACAAAUGGCGUAUUUUUCACCGACCAAUAGAUGUCAAUAUCACUUUUUGUGUCCGAAUUAUUAAAGCUUGUUGUGUCCUGCAUAAUUAUGUAAGAAUCAAAGAUGGACUAAAUUUUACAGAAACUCUCUACAGCUGUCCCAUGGAUAACUUGACUAUAAAUGAAAACAACCGAGGAAGAAAUAAUAUGAAUAACGUGCGACAGUACAUGUCGUCAUAUUUUAUUUCUCCUGGAGGCGCAAUUCCGUGUCAAUAUAACAAAGCGUAAUAAUGUAGUAAUUAAUGGAAUAACAAAUGUAAUAAGUAUUCAGCUACACCUACGUACAUAAAUAAAAAUUCACAUGAAG